AAACCUCAGAGGCCCUGAGAUAGUCACCAUGGGGGAAAACGACCCACCGGCCACCGAGGCCCCCUUCUCCUUCCGGUCACUCUUUGGCCUUGAUGAUCUGAAAAUAAGUCCUGUUGUGCCAGAUGCAGACGCGGUGGCAGCCCAGAUCUUGUCUCUGCUGCCCUUGAAGUUUGUUCCAAUCAUCGUCGUGGGGAUCAUCGCGUUGAUCCUGGCGCUGGCCGUUGGCCUGGGCAUCCACUUCGACUGCUCUGGGAAGUACAGAUGCCGCUCCUCCUUUAAGUGUAUUGAACUGACAGCUCGAUGUGACGGGGUCUCUGACUGCAGAGAUGGGGAGGAUGAAUUUCGGUGUGUCCGGGUGAGCGGUCAGAACGCGGUGCUGCAGGUGUUCACAGCUGCUUCGUGGAGGACCCUGUGCUCCGACGGCUGGAAAGGACACUAUGCAAACGUCGCCUGUGCCCAGCUAGGGUUCCCCAGCUACGUGAGCUCAGACAGCCUCCCGGUGGGCGCUCUGGAGGAGCAGUUCCGGGGGCACUUUGUGUCCAUCAAUCACCUCUUGCCGGAUGACAAGGUGACCCUGCUACACCACUCGGUGUACGUGAGGGAGGGCUGUGCCUCGGGUCAUGCAGUUACCUUGAAAUGCACAGUCUGUGGUCUGAGAACAGGACACAGCCCACGCAUCGUGGGUGGAAACGUGUCCUCGCCGGCACAGUGGCCCUGGCAGGUCAGCCUUCAGUUCCAGGGGUACCACUUGUGUGGGGGCUCCGUCAUCACCCCCCUGUGGAUCGUCACUGCUGCACACUGUGUCUACGACCUAUACCUCCCCAAGUCAUGGACCAUCCAAGUGGGUCUAGUUUCUCUGCUGGACAGUCCAGAGCCCUCCCAUUUGGUGGAAAAGAUCAUCUACCACAGCAAGUACAAGCCAAAGAGGCUGGGCCACGACAUUGCUCUGAUGAAGCUGGCUGGGCCUCUCACCUUCAGUGAGAUGAUCCAACCAGUUUGUCUGCCCAACUCUGAGGAGAACUUUCCUGAUGGAAAAGUGUGCUGGACGUCCGGAUGGGGGGCCACGGAGGACGGAGGUGACGCGUCCCCUGUCCUGAACCAUGCAGCUGUCCCCUUGAUUUCCAACAAGCUCUGUAACCACAGGGAUGUCUACGGAGGCAUCAUCUCCCCUUCCAUGCUCUGUGCUGGCUACCUGAAAGGUGGUGUAGACAGCUGCCAGGGAGACAGUGGGGGGCCCCUGGUGUGCCAAGAGCGCAGGCUGUGGAAGCUGGUGGGUGCCACGAGCUUCGGCAUUGGCUGUGCCGAAGUGAACAAGCCCGGGGUUUACACCCGCAUCACCUCCUUCCUGGACUGGAUUCACGAGCAGAUGGAGAGGGACCUGCAGUCUUGAAGACAGGGGGACAUGCUGCCACCAGAGCUCUCGAGGGAGACGGCCCCGUCCUUCCCUGGACUCCUGUGUGGGUACAUUGGACUGAGCAGGUGCCUCCAGGGUUCUGGCUCAAGGCAUGAAUAGCAGAGCCCAAGGGAGCGCCCUCCUGGCCCUCUUCCAAUACUGCGGCCCGGGGCUUUGGGCUGAAGUGAACUUGAAGCUUCUUAUUGCCUCCCACUAGGCACAGAAGCAGCCUUUCCCACCAGCCCCGGGCUCUUCUGGGCAGGGUCGUGCAAAGCACUGAUAAAGCAGGCGAUCCUGCAGGCAGAGCACCACGACCACUUGGCCACACACGGGGACCCAGGGCCCUGAAAGCCAUCCCUGUAGAUGCAGCUCUCUCCAUGUGUCCCUCUGGAUACCAGAACCAUGUCCUCAUAGCCUGGUGCUUGGCUCCUCCUUGGCCUCUUGCUUCCUGAGAACCCUGCAUCUCACUCUUGGCUGAGUGCCGACUCCCCGUGUAGCCGGAAGUCCUGAGACUGGAGCCUCUUCUUUGAUCUCUUCUGUGCCUGUUGUGCAGUUUGCGUUUUUCUGUUGGAACAGGUUUCUUAGCAGGUUCAUGUUGCCUCAUAUUAUAAUACAAGACUCACAAGCAGAGUCAGAAGAGAUGAAGUCCUGGGUAGAAAGGGGCCACCAGCUCCAACCCAGUGGGCACUAAAAACAAGAAGAGUAGAUGGCCGCAGGUCAACCCCACGGAGUCUGUUAAUCUUCCGCACACCUGCCCCUCCCAGCUGACCCCCCUGCCCUGAGUCCCAUGUCACAUAGUAACAGAGGAGGGUCACUUGGUAAGUCUCACUGGCCACUGGUGCUUGUCACAAAUUAAGUCAUCAGAAUCUGAAUCAGUCGCUUUGCAUGUGGCAGUGAUGAACAAGGUCAGUGAGUUUAAAAGAGAGCAGGAUGUGAUCAGGUGCCUGGGGAGGAGCGGCUCCAGGAAGCUUGUGUGUGUGAGUGUGUGUGUGUGUGUAUGUGCACAUGUGUGUUGAGGACAGAUGAAGUACAAGAGCUAGGGCAAACUGGCUGGCAGUGGCUGAAUUUGGAUCUCCCCACCCACACCAGAGCCACGGACAGAUUUCCACACAGUACGGCCCUUGUGCUCGGGGAACAUUGCGAGACCCUCAUGGAUGCCUGAGGCGGGGCUAGUUCUGAACUCUCUCCAUAUCAUGUUUUCCCUAUAUAUACACACACAUCUACGGUAAAGUUUAAAUUAGUCAUAGGAAAAGAUUAAAAGUAAUAACUAAUGAUAAAAUAGAUCAAUUCUGAGAAUUUACUGUAAUAAAAAUUGGUGUGGUUGCGGCUUCUCUUUCUCUUUCAAAAUAUCUUUUGAUAUUUUACCUUUGCUUGAAGGAAGCUCCUCAUGGCUUCUCUUUGGCAUACCCAAACUGCCAGCAUCACUUCUCUUGAACCUGGGGACCAUGAGUAAGUAAAAUAAGGGCCACUUGGGCAUAACACUGCUCUAUCAUGACAGCUAAUCUUAUAGUUGAGAUGAUUCUAAGUGACUAACAGGUGGGUGGUAUAUACAGUAUGGAUACACUGCACAAAGAAAUGACUCACAUCCUGGGCAGGAUGAAGCAGAAUGGCAUGAUAUUUCAUCACACUGCUCAGAAUGGCGUGUAAUUUAAAACUUACUAAUUGUUUAUUUCUGGAAUUUGCCACUUUGUAGUAUCAGACUAUGAUUGAGUUUGUGUAAUUGAAACUUUGUAAAGAGAAACCUUGGGUAAGAGGGGAACUCAGUAAUAGAAAAUGUCCAGCCCAGUUUUACAUUAAGUCUUUUUGCCCAUCUGUCUUUGGAAACAGCAAAUAUCCACAGAGUGAAGGGGAAAGACUUCCUGUGCACCAUCUUGCUUGAGAAACAAGUUUCUGCUCUGUUGUGGCUUCUGCCUUCUCUAACUGCUGCUUAAUUUUGUUAGGAGAUGUCUGGCAGCUGACGAAAGAUCCUGGGUAAAGCAGGCAGGAAAUGAACUCGAGGGUGCUGGGGCCUGAGCCCGGUUUGCCUGCCUUAUUUUCACAAAGGUUCAGUGAGAGAGGGUCUGUAUGAUUCUCUUCCGUGGAUGAGAUGGUGUGAGAAGUGCAGCACUCUCCCAGGGUCCCAUGGAGGGCCAGUGGUGUAUCUGGGAUUUGGAGUAGCUCAUCAUACUACAGGAAAGAAAGCAAGACGGAGUCGGACACUUUGGCCUUUGAGGCAGAAGUUUCUUGUGCCAGCUGUUUGGAGCUAUUGAGACAUGUUAGUGAAUCCAAGUCCUGAUCAACUCUCCUCCUCCAAGGAGGUAUUUGCUUCCACUGCUGCAGCUUAGGCCAUUCUGGUGCCUGAAAGCCAGGCCAGGAGGGACAGUCAUGGCCACAGCCCUCUUGCCUGCAGCCAUCUCCAGAGAAAUGGCUGGAGGAUACACCAGAGACCAAGAGGGCUGCCCGUGGCUGGCUGGGACCUGAGGGCCAGCUGUGGACAUUCCUGUCCUGAGAUGGUGAAUGUCCCCAUAGCCAUCCAGGUCAGAGCCACCAGAAACAGCAAUCUCAAUAGUAUUUCCUAUGACUUUAACGUUUCAAAAGAAUUAUAGAAGACCCAACAACAGCCAGGUGAGGUGGCAUUCACCUGAAAUCCCAGUGACUCUGGAGAUUGUGGCCGGAGGAUUGCAAGUUCAAGGCCAACCUGGGUAACUUAGUGAGACCCUGUCUCAAUAAAUAAAUAAUAAAUAAAUAAAGUAAAAUAAAAUAAAAAGGGCUGGGAAUGUAGCUCAGUGGUAGAACAAUCUGGUCAAAUGCUCAGAACCACAAAAAAGGAGAAGGAGAAGAACUAACAACAUUCUAGAAAAGAGUGGGGGGAAAAAGUCUGGGGAAAAGACUGUUAAAAAUCGGCCAAUAGCUUAUUUGCUUUUUUAUUUAAUUUGACUUUAUUUGUUUGGUCAACAAUUUAAAUAUCAUAGUUGGCCAUAAAAACCUGAAUGCUUGCCUUCCUCCUGGUACAGGAGGUGCCUGUCUGAAUUGGGGUCACCCUGAUGACUGUGUCCUCCAGUUCUCCCUGUCUGGUGCGGGAGUGUCGGUCACAGAUGCAGGGCAAAGCCCUGAAGCCCCAAAGAAUGGAGAAUCCCGGCCUCGGCACACUGCCUUCAGAUGGGCAGGUGCAACUUCUGAGGACCAGCCUCAGCCACGGGGAGGCGGAAGGGACUGAGCCCAGAGGAUAGGAAGCCCAGCCAGGGCCAAAAGAAUAGGACUUCUGUUGUGUGGAUCUCCAGCAUCCACUCUGAUCAGCCCGUUUAGAUGGAGUCGACAGAGUCCCCUAUGGGCCACUGUCCCCCUCAGCCUGUGACAGAAAGCCUCACUUGGCCUGCUGCUCGGCUGGAAUGUUCUCUGUGUGACAGGGUUUCGGGGGAGCUGGGCCUGCAGAGCCGUCUGACCACGCAGUUCUUAGCUUGCUGCCUCAUUUUGUCUCUUUGGGGGAGUGGUCGGGUUCCCCCUGAACUUUGUGGCCCCACUCUUUCCUCAUGAUACCUGUGUGUGCGUGCACAGACCUGUUGGUGUGUGUGCAUGUGGUGGCACUCCCGUGGCAGCAUGGCCACUAGCUCAUGAGUCACUCACUCCACACUGAGACUCAACUGAGAGCGAAGCUGUUCCAUUCUCCCCAUGCUCCUGGCCCCAGGCCAGAGUCCAGGACCCAUAGGAAGCCCAGGAGCUUGGAGACAUGAAUGAACAGCCACCACAAAACAAGCCACCACUCCAUGGAUUGUCCAAGUGCUGCUGCUUCGCACGCCGGCACACUUCUGUCUUGGAAACAGGCGAGACUCGGCCGAAGGCAACAUGAAUUAGUAACACGAUUGGUUUCUCCACUUACAAGUGCAGAACACACUGGAGGUGAGAAGGUGGAGCCCUGCCACAUCUCUGGGUCCCCCUGGGCUCUGGUCUGCAUUAGGGUGAUCAAUCAGAAACACAGCGAUCCAAGGUCCAGUUCAAAGAAUGGUCAAAAGACUGUCCCAGCUGGCGGGAAGCUGCAACAGGAGGCUUCCUUCCUAGGAACAAAGGGGAAGCAGGGUGGGGUUGGAAGCCGCUCUCGCACUGGGGUCGGGAUCGGGUGCGUGCUGGGCUGUCAGUGGCAUUUUCUCCCUUCAUCUGGGUGCCAUGCAGAGGCCCCACCCUCCUCCUGUCCUUGACAGGGAGCUGGCUGUGAUAGGGCCCAGCUGUGCAGGCAAGCUGGGCCUUCUGUCCCCUCCUCACCUGCCUCGGCCACUUGCUGACCCCUCGUUCUGCUGGGGGUCAAGGGUGGGAGGAUGUGGCCCCUGCACCUGCAAUUGCCCUUCUUCUGGCUCCCCUGGCCUGCAGUGGCCCGGCGGGCAGGGGUGGGUUGGGAGCUGCUGAUGUUGGAACAUUUUAAUGUCUAUGACGUUAAAAUGUAGGCGCAUUCCAGUCGUGUGGACCAGCAGGUGUGCGGCCACGCUCCUCUUGAAGAACAAACAUCCGAACUAGGCUGGCUUUGGCCUGUUAGGAACUGACCUGUCAACCCCGAUAGGUGUGCAGAGACAUCUAUUUGUGGUUCUGAUUUGGAUUUCCUGGUGGCUAACAUCUUUUCAUGAGAUGGCUGCCAUCCUCUUUAGUGAAACAUCUCUAUGCUCUUUGCCCAUUUUUUAAAGCGGAUUGUUUUCUACUGUUGCAUCUUUUUAUAUUCUGGAUACAAAUCCUUUGCCAGAUGUGUAGCUUGCAAAUAUUUUCUCCCAGUCUGCAGGCUGUCUUUCUGUCCCUGUCCACUGGGCUUUCCUACUUUGGUGUGGUUCCGUUGGCGUUUUCCUUGUACAUCUGGUGUUCAGAGUGCCGACUUGAAGAACCCUUUGCUUAGUUCUAGGUUCUCAACGUUUGUUUUUGUUUCCACAUUUUUUACAUUGGUGCCUUGAAGUUGUGCAUAACGGUGGGGUUUAUUGUUACAUGUUAUGUAAAGCUUUUCGCCUAUUUUUCUCAAGGUUCUAUAUUUUAUUAUAUCUCAGUUUUGGUUCUAUGAUGUAUUUGAGUUUCAUAUCAGGUGUUUCAGCGCCAUUUGGUGAAAGGCUUUCCUUCUUCCACUGAAUUGGUUUUGCUCCUUUGCCCAUAUCAGCCGGGCAUGUUUGUGUGAGUCUGUUUCCUAGUCUCUCUUUUGUUUGUUGAUCUGUGUGUCUAUCCAUCUGCCACUACCACAUUGUCAAUCACUGUCCCUAAAACAGUGAGCCUACAUGUCCUGGGUGGGGUUCUUCCCACUGAUCUUCUUGUUCAAGCCUGUCUUGGUUAUCCUGGGGCCUGUGUCUUCCGUAUCAGCUCUGAAGUGAGCUUGUGGGUGUCUCUAGGAAACCUGGCUGGGCUUCUCAGGAGCUCCUCUCCCCUGUGGCCAAGCCAGGGGACGGACUCUGGGCCUGCCUUCCCAGGCACAGACAUGGCGCGCCUCUGCAUUUUCCAGGACGUCUGGCUCUUCCCUCAGAACCUCGGCGGCGUUUCCAGCAUAGGAUCUUGUCCAUGUUAAGUGUAGCCCAUUUUGAGUGACUGUAAAUGGCAGUUGUGUUUCUGAUGUUAAAUUCUGCGUAUUCGGUGACAGUGCACAGAAGUGCGGGUGCUUUGGUGUGGGGCCUUGUAUCUGGGGUCCUUACUGGUUCUCUCAGGAGUCUCUGGGAUUCUUUUGUUGUGUUUGCAGAUUCACUGGGGUUAUUUCAUUUUAGAGGCUGGGUGGAGGCCAGCGCCUCGCACAGACUAAUCCUGCCCUACCUCAGGCUGCAGCCCGUCCUCCCCGGGACUUACCUGUCCUGCAGAUCACCCAUGUGCACACGGGGGGCUCCAUUUCUUCCCUGCUCAUCUCUGCAUUUCCUCUCUUCCCUUUGCCUGGUUUCAGUGACGACAGCUUCUAGGCCCAUGUUGAAUGAGACCUGGCUUCCUGGCCGUACUCCCAGCCUUAGGGCAGAGGUGGCCAGUCCUAAGCAGGAUGUUAGGUUUGUAGAUGUUCUUUUCCAAGUCAAGGAACACCCUCUGCUACUAACUUGCUAAGACUUUUUAAAAUUUAUUAUGAAUAGAUGCUGGAUUUUGUCAGUUAUUUUCCAUAUCAAUCAUACAACCAUGAGCUUUGUCUUCUGUGCCUUGCUGGUGUGAUAGAUUCCAUUCAUGACCCCCUAAUGUCGAACCAGUCCUGCACGGUGGCAAUGAGCCCGCCUGGUCAGGUGGAGUUAGUGCAGGGUGUUGUUGAAUUAGUUGUGCUGAGAUUUCACCAAAGCGUCUUGCAGGUAAUCCAAUAUGUGCUGUUUUCUUUUUGUAAAUUGGUGUUGCCUGGUUUUGGUAAUAGGGUAAAAUGAGCUGGGAAAUGUUCACCUGCCUUCUAUCCUUCUGGAAGAGAUUGUGUGAAACUGGUGUUAAUUCUUUUAAAAAAGGGUAUAAAAAUGUCUUCUUUUUUUUUUUUGAGAUUUAAAACUAUAAAUUCAAUUUCUUGGGUGGUCAUAGGGUCAUUCAAGUUGUGCAUGUCAUCUUAUCUGAGUUUUGGUACCCUGUGGUUUUUGAGGGCUUAGUUUAUUCAGUUGUCAGAAUCUUGAGUAUGAAGUUCUUGAAAAUUUUUUCCCUUCAGAUGCCUGCAGGGUCCGUUGUGAUGUCCCCUGUUAAUUUGAUAUGAGUUACUGUGUUCUCUCUUUUUAAAUCUUUGUUAAUUUUGCUAUAGGUUUGUCAGUGUUACUGAUUUUCCCAAAGAGCAAGUUUUUUUUGGUCUUGUUUCCCCACUAUUUUCAAUUUCAUCUAUUUCUGCUCUUACCUCUAUCAUUUAUUUCCUUCUCCUUGGGCUUAUUUAGUUCUUCUUUUUCUUGCCUUUCAAGGUAGGAACUUAGGUCAUUGAUUUGAGACCUCUCUCUCUCUC